CUGGAGAGAAGAUGGCAAUCUGCUCAGGAGGAAGCCAGAGACAGCACCUCUCAGCUAGAACUGACCAAGAAUUCUCUGCAACAAGCACAGAGGAAGAUCCAGACCCAGAACCAGGAGUCAAAGCGCCUUGAGGAUUCUCUGAUACGAAUACGAACGGAGGAGGAGGCAGCGCAGAAAACGGCGAGGGGGAGGAGCCAGGAGUUAAACUCUGCGCAAGAAUGUUUGCAGGAACUAAAAAGCCAGCUGACUGCUGCACAGGCUGCCCAGCGUGAGGCGAGAGAGCAGCUUAGCGACAAGAACCGAGAAUUGGCUGCUUUGAAGAAUGAGCUGCAGCGGAGCCAGCACAGGAAGGUGGAGCUGGAAAGGGAAUGUAUCGCUCAGGAAGAGCAAAUCCGGAGGCUGAGCGCGGAGAUGAGCGCCGUACACGAGCUUCACAAGCAGAAGGAGCAAGAGGUGGAGGCAAGCGAGAGCCGCGUUCGAGAACUGAACAAUCAGCUGAAGCAUUGGCAGAGGUUACACCAGGAGCACACACACACGUUCAGACAAAGAGAAGACGACGUGAAGCAGCUCCAGGAACAACUAGCAAUACUGAUGGAGAAGCUGAAAACGGAAGGCAAAGAGAGGGAUGAUCUGCAGAACAUCAUGAACCAGUUAAAGAUGAAGUACAAUGCAGCCACUAGUGAGCUGGAGACUCUGCGAACCUCC